ACUAAGGCCAACAUGGCGGCGCCCACAAAGUUGUUAGAGUGUUGUUAUGGCAGCACGCGAGAUUGAUGAUGUUUUGACCGAAGAAGCGGUUUCGAAGUUAAAGUUAACCAAAUCGGAGCGCAAAGCUCGUCGAAAAGUAGCGAGAUGUGCCCGGAUAAUCCGCGAAAGCAUCGGCGUCGACGUAUGCGACCAUCCCACGAGGUUUUUGGUGCUCAACAACUGCGGAAUGGUUUGUGGCGGGAGCUAUGAGGCCAUCUACAGCGAUCUUCACUGCUACGGCAGCAUACAAGACAUUCUACUAAUUCCCGGUCAGCCAUUUGCCGUAGUAGUAUUUGAGAACAUGGACUCAAGUGCUGCUGCGGCCAAUUAUCUGAGCAACAACGUCCCAUCAUUUUCCAAAGACCCCGUGUUUCCUUCAUUCAUCGAACGAGCGCCAAGCAUCAGCGCGAACACGUGCAGCAACCUUUUUGAUGACAGUAACCUGCCGCAAGGAUUGAAGCUUAUCAAAGAUGCCAUCAACGAGCAUGAAGAGACUGUCCUGGCACAACUGAUAAUGUGGGGUGACCCAGAAGAGUCGAAAGCUCUUCGUCAGCGGGAAGUGCGCCAUUUUGGGUACGCCUUCGACUACAGCCUUCAGGGUGUGCAGAAAGACGCGCCACUGUCCGAAAGUGUUCCCGACGAAUGUGUGCCGUUCCUGGAACGGCUUGUUGCUGCCGGUCACUUGAACCGACUACCCGACCAGCUGACCGUGACACGCUACCUCCCCGGACAAGGAAUCCCUCCCCACGUCGACAGCCACGAAUCCUUUGACGACGACAUUGUGCUUCUCAGCCUAGGCUCCCCAGUUGUGAUGAACUUCCGGCACCCCGAUGGCCGUCAAGUCGCUCGGGUGCUGCCUCCUCGCAGUGUGCUGAUUCUGUCUGCCGACAGCCGCUACGUGUGGUCUCAUGGGAUUGCAUCACGCAAGUUCGACGUUGUUCCAAGAUCCAACGGCUCAAACAACGGUAUAACCCUUUCUCAGCGCGGCAUCCGGAUUUCGUACACGUUCAGGCACAUACGAAAAGGAAGCUGCAGAUGUGGUAACGCCUUGCUUUGCGACUCUCAUCGUUUUGGGAACCAGGACAAUGCAAGCGCCCUGAGACUAGAAACGGAGCACGUCUACAAGGUAUAUGAAAAUAUAGCAGAGCAGUUCAGCGACACCAGAUACAAGCAGUGGCCCAUGGUUGCAGAGUUCCUGGAUUCUUUGGAACAGGGUUCGCUCUUGCUCGAUGCUGGCUGCGGCAACGGAAAGUACCUCACACAUCAUGGCAAGCUCAUAAAGCUUGGUUUCGACCGCAGCCAACGGUUUUGCGACAUUUGUCAGCACCGAGGACUGGAAGUUCUUCAAGCUGACACGUUGCAGAUGCCAUUUAGAAAGGACGUCUUUGAUGCCUGCAUCAGCAUAGCAGUGCUACAUCAUUUGUCUACCGUAGAGCGUCGACAGGCAGCAGUGCACGAAAUCCUGAGAGUUCUACGGCACAACGGACGUGCCCUCGUCUACGUCUGGGCCUUGGAGCAGAACAGCCCCGGCGGCGACGAAAAAGAUGCGCCAUCGAAAUACCUCAACCCUAACAAAGCAGCUGCGGUGGACUGCAGUGGACCUGUGGAGUCUCUGGAGAGUGCACCACUACCUGUGCACUGCAACCGGACUCAGUUUCAGGCCCGUGACAUGCUGGUGCCCUGGCAUUCCAAGAGUACACAGGAGACCCAUUACAGGUACUACCACUUGUUCCAGCAGGGAGAACUUCGAGAAUUGCUUGAAAGCGUGGCCCCAGGCUGCAUCGAGACCGAAUAUCAUGAUCAGGGUAACUGGUGCGCAGUGAUCGUCAAGAAGGGAUCGGCUGGAGAUGAAGCCAGCAUUGCCAGGUGACACUUGGAAACAGCAAAGUGUACCAAUAAAGAGAGAGAUUUGUACAA